AGGGCUGUUUAUAAACAAAUAAACAUGUAUACACACGGAUAAAGUCAGCGAGAGAUAUUAAAAGAAAAAAAACCCCACAACCACCAACUUUCCAUGGCGUGGAAGACGGAAGAGAGAGGCAGAGACUCAGGGAAAGAUUGGAGAAGUCGCUGCGGGUGGAAGUGCACUCAGCUCGUGUGAACAUUAACACUGGCUCGUGAACUCAGUCCCAUCUGCAUGGAGAGCAGCCUGAAAGAUCCCUUCUCCCAGUUUGAAAACGAAGGCGCCAGAAUGGUGAAGCAGGCUGCUCCUCGCCAACCUUUGUCUCGCAAACAUUCAUCUCGAACAGAACUCUUGUCACCUUUAGCUCCUUGGACCCCUCCGUCACCUCCGGCCCUGGAUCACGACCCUUCCCUCGUUCUGGGAUGGAAGCCAAGCAGCGUUCCUGACCACGUUUUUCUCGAUGCUGCCACCAUUUUCCGAAAUGCACAAAAGGACAAGGCCACCGCUCACCAGCUCAUCGGCUAUGGGAAGAGGUCAAAGCGAACGGUGCUGAAGGUCAAGGAUGAGGUGUGGCAGCGCAAAGCCUACGAGCUGGCCUUCAACACGCUCAAAUAUCAGGAACUGUUGGAGGACAUCAUGAUCGACAGCAGCUUCUAUUUUUCCAAGCCAGUGCCAGAUGAUCUGAUGAGUUUGGUGGCUGUCAUGUUGUACGACCUGCAGGACCGUAAGUUCCUCCCACGUGAACGACUGACCAUUCCGGACAAGCAGGAGGAGGUGGCGAAGGUCAGGGAAGUGGAAAACUGUCUGCUCAGGUUUAAGACAAAGCUUGCAGCAUCUUUAGCACGGUGCAGGAUCAAACACGACCUGCUGAGCAUCGACUGCUUGCUGCCCGAGAUCGUCAGACAGAGGCAGGAGAGAGGGUCCAACCUGCCCAUCUAUGCCUGGAUUAAUACACUGCGCACCAGUAUGCAGGAAGUGUGCGAGGUGUUGAAGGCUGCAGGUUUCUCCCAUGUGAAAUCCAUCACACAGUUGGAAGGUCAGACGUUCUGCGAGGACCUACACUGCCUCGACCUGCUGGUGUUUCCCACGUGUGCGAAAAGAGAAUUACACAAAACAAACCUGCUGAAAGAUUGCAGGCUGGUCAUUCAGGAUAAGUCGUGCUGCAUCGGUCCGUGGGCAUUGCGGCCCUGGUUGGUUCCAGAUGGAGACGUGAUUAUGGCCGGAUCGUUCUCCGCAGCCACCGUGGCUCAUACGGUUGCCAUCGUCUCUGCUGCACACGCACACAUACACACGUUCCCUCACUCUGGCAAACAGGCUCGCAGCAGCAUGCGGCUGUUUUGGUGUGUGGGAGAGUGCUCGAGUGUUCAGAGAGAUGAACUGCAGGAGGUCCUUGGGAACAUGGGCUGCAGCAACGUAAAACUGCUACCCGAGGCUCUCCACACUCUGGAUGUGUGUGACGCACGUCUGCAGAAGGUUCAGCUCAUCCUGCUGACUCCGCAGUGUUCUCUCUCUGCAGUCUCAAACCCUGUAGACUACCUGCUACAAGAGAACGGAGACAAAGAGCUGCUGCAGGAUCUGUCCCAGGGCUCUGUCUCGCAGUCCAGACUGCACACACUCAUCUCCGAACAGAAGCGAGACCUCCACCAUGCCCUCUGCUUCCCAAAAGUGCGAGUCGUGGUGUACUCGACCUGCUCCUCACUUCCAGAGGAGAACGAGGAAGUGGUGAAAAGCGCUCUCACACUCGCCGAGCAGGACAACUCCAAACUACAGACUUUCACGCCCAGCCACCCAGCUCUCCUGCAGUGUGAUAAAGAGGACAGCGUUGGAGAAAAGAAGGCUGACUUUUUCAGGCUUGAAGCUUCUGAUCAGAAUAACGGCUGCUUCUUGGCCGUACUCACACGCCAGCUGGAGCCAGAAAUAACUGAGACGCCACAAGAAGUUAUCGCUCGGGCCACCGCUAGCGGAUUGCUGGACGGGAUUCAGCCGAUGAAGAAAGAAGGACGUGGCCGACAGACACGCAAAGGACCUGCUCAUCAAUCUCGCCGCCGACCCCACGUCUCCGUUAGCAGCCAGUCGCAGGUGGCAGAGUUUCUAAACCGUGAGGCGAAAGCGAAGAGCUCGGCUCCAACAGCGGCACAGGAGAGAACAAACAGCACACACUCGCCUCAGGUCUCGGGAAAAUCCAAACCAACCUAUCAGCACUCAUACAAGCCUGCCUCUUCCUACGCAACCUCCACCUUCUCCAAUCCAAGCCAUGCCUCCUUCAUCGCAGGACCCUCCUCCUCCUCCUCCUCCUCAAGCAUCACCUUGUCUUAUACAAGCCCAGCCUUCUUUGGCCAAGCUUCCUCUACUCCUUCCAACACCGUCCUUGGCUUCACCACGGACCCCAUCUUAUUCAACACAAGCUCUGCCUCGGCCAUCAACGGACUCUCCGUCACCUCCCUUACCAAGGGCCCUGCACCAUCCUAUAGGACCCUGAAUAUCCCCAGCGGCCGCCGAGCUGCUGGUCCUGUAGCUCCGCCUCCUGCCCCACCCAGAGGCAGACAGGAAGUCCUGCGUCCUGGGUUGAUUUCAUUUCCUCCUCCUCAGUUCCCAUCUCUUUGUCCAGCAUCCGUUCCAGUCAAGGUCAAAACCCCUCUGUUGGACCAGAAGUGGAGGAACUGGUCACGCUCAGCCGCGCCAACGCACACACGAUUCUGGAGCAGCACACGCCCGUGGCUCUAACACACAUACAUGCAGUGUGUAUAUAUAUACACACAGACACACACGAAGCCAUGUAAUAGUGCCAAAAGUAUGAUCUUUGUUUCUUCUUGUGUUUCCAUUCAAUGACCAAAUGACAUUCUGUUUUUGUCGAAUAAUUUAUAUCCGUUUUAUUCUCGAGGCUAAAAUCUAAAAACAGAAUUAACCCUAAACACACCUGCAUGUUUUUGAAAUGCCUUUAUUAGCACAGGGACAUUUUGGACAUUUAAUAUGGUGAGUGAGGGACCCAGGUGAGUUACACUUUGCUUACUGUAUUUUCCAGACUCUAAGACGCUCCUCCCCCCCCAAUUCAUGUUGACAAAGUGAGAGUCAAGCGUUCAUUGUCUGGGUUUGCUUGUUGCAUUGAGUUUUGAUUCGACAACUUUUCCACCUUAUGCAAAUAAUUAAAAUCUUCGAACCAAUCCGAA